UUAUGGCUAUUCGUACAACAAACGGAGUCGGUACAACUCCUACGAUGACGAAGACAGUGACAAUGGAGAAGAUGCCGAGAUGGGUGACAUCUACAACGAGACGGUCACAGUCGUCGAGUGGAUUAACGAGCGAAACGAGAAGGCUGCUUUGUCGUUUCUCAAGAUCAACCUCGAUGACGAGCUUGUCAACGAUGUCGACGAUAUCUUCGAGGAUAUGGAGCCCACCAACCGCGAGUACGAAGGCUUUAUGGGCAACUCUGGCCCGUCGCUCGAGUUCACGUAUCAACGAACGCUUCUCGUCCUUUGGCCGAAAACCCGCGCCCUAGAAGUUGGCGGCGUCGAUGCCGCGCUCCAGCAACUUGACGCACUAAUUGGCGCCGAUGACAUCGCCACUGCAAGGGCGCUGCUGGUUCGCAUUGCGGGCUUUGCGGGCUUUGCGAGAACGCCCAAGCCAGCACAGGUCGCAAAUGCUCUCAAGGCCGCGGCCGCGUUGCAUGCGCUAGAGCCGGCGCUGGUCAUACUGCGUAACUUGGCUGCUAUGCCCAAGCCCUCGACGUACAUGAGCAGCUACGGUUUCCACCGUCAAGCGUCCACGUUGGACAAAGUGCCAGCGGUGCUCGUUGCGUCACUUGGUGCGUUUCUGACUGCGUUCAAGUGGACGAGUGGCAUGGAACAGCUCGUCACCAAGACGGUCGUACCGCGUCUCGAGGCCCCCGCUAUAGUGCAACUUGCCUGUACAGCACCGGUCGCUGCGAAUGCGCUCUUCGUUGCCGUCGACUGGAAAGACACGCAGCUGCCUUUAGCGUCGCUCCAGGUUUUGCACGACAUGUGCGCCAAUGGCUGGCUGUCCACGGACGUCUUUUUGCAGCUCGUGAACUCUGCAGCACCGAAGUACGCUGACGUUGCCUCGCUCGUCCAGUACGCGGUUGAAAAGAAGAGCACGGCCUCCGCACCUUUAGCGGUCACACUGGCCAAGCGCCCACUAGACGUUGCUCAUGCGGUCGCGAUUGCAGACACGAUGUUCUCGGUGCCUGAGGCAGAACCUCAAUUUGUGCGUUCCCUCGUGGCGGCCACAACCCUCAAGUACGCCGACAUGGUUUCACUUGUAGCACUUGCGGCGACCAGGAAGAACCAGAACCUGGUACCGCUAGCUGUCGCGUUGGCGAAGCGGCCUCCGGACGCUACGCACUCUAUCACAAUUGCGUCGACACUGCUCUUGGUACCGGAGGCUGCGCCUGUCUUUGUCGAGUCCCUCAAGGCGAAAUGUGGUCGUCGCAACGACACAAUCGUCAAGUGUGUCCUGCGCGCUGCUCGGUCCGCGGCUGGUACUUCGUCAUCUUACAUUGCCCUCGCCCACUUCCGACUGAGCUUGCUGCCACCUGCAAAUGAGCCGCCACCAGCGUUCACGUGGUGCCAAUCGAACGCAUUUCUACCGGCACGCCCCGACGUCCAAGCAUUCCUCCGUGGGCCGACGCAGCGCAUGGUCGUUUCGGGCUUCAGCGGCAUUGCUCAAGCACGAACCUUUGCCUCCAUGUACUUUAGCAAGUCGGACAACAUCAGUGUGACCACGACAACCUUUGGCACGGGCAAGAACGCGCGCUGUGAAGUCAUCAAAACAAGAGCAGUUUUCGAGGAGACGCUGCGCGCAUGGGAGCAGCUGCACAAAGAAGGAAAGAAGCUUCGUGAGCUCCUGAGUCCAAAACCACUUUCGAGUCAACCGCAACCCCUCGGCCUUUCGCGGCGGCUGCUAAAGGACUCGCGCCGAUGCUACCGGUGA